CUUCGUAUAAACACAGAGGAAGCCACUAAGGAACCUUUUCUACAAUCAAGUUCCUAAAUGGAGUCUAAAUGUUCCUGUUUCUUUGCUGUUAUCUUCACAAUCUACAUAACAGGUGUCUCCUCUCUGACGGUGAUUCCAUCUGCAAAUCCUCUUGCUGUUGGAGGAAAUGUCACUCUUACUCUAAAUCCUCACAUAAACAUCAGUGCCGGUGGUUGGUUGUUAGAUGGAAACAUCCUUGUGUUCUGGUACCCGGGAAUGUUUAUAGUGAGUGAUAGUUACAAAGGACGAGUUGCUUUCAACACAUCCACAAGUCAGUUCUCGCUGUACUCAGUACAAGUGACUGAUUCUGGUGUCUAUGCACUGCAAGGCAUGAGUCCAACAGUAAAUGCAGAACUUAGACUGUCUGUUCAGGAGCCAAUCACAAAUGUCUCUCUAACAGUAAGUAAGACAAAUCUGGUGGAGUUUAAUGACAGUGUCACUUUCACCUGCUCUGCCCGAGGCACAGCGUUAGCAUUCUCUUGGUUUAAUGGCAGCUCCCAGGUCACAGCAGCCAAUGCUCAACUCAUCAGUAAUGGAAGUGGUUUGAUUAUUAGCAAUGUAUCAAGAUAUGACAGUGGUCCUUUCAGCUGCUAUGUGGUAAAUGGAAUUAGUAAUGGUACUAGCAAGAUCAUUUCCCUUGAUGUCAGCUAUGGUCCCAGCAACCUGGCAAUGGCAAUUAAUCCAAAUACAAUGAAAUACAUUUCAGGAUCAAACAUCACUCUGUCAUGUUCUUGUGAAUCCAAACCAGCAGCAUUAUUUCAAUGGUCCUACAAUGGCGUUUCUCUCAAUAUAACUAGUCCAACCUUUCAGCUUUCCAAAGCCACUAAGAACCAUACAGGCGCUUAUGCCUGCAGUGCCCAAAACACAGUGACUUUUCAAUAUGCCAUAGUCACGAAAUUAAUCAACAUCAUUGACCCAAUAUUCUCUGCUUCAGUGGUGCCGGUUGGCGAGCCACCAAUAUUUAACAAUUCAUUUGCCUUGUCCUGUGACAUCAAGGGACUAGUGGACUCUGUUUAUUGGAUAAAAGACGGCAUACACCUGUUUUCAGACAGCAUUCAUUCUCUCUCCAACCAAAACAAUACGUUGACAUUCAAUCAGCUCUCCCUGUCUGAUAAUGGGAAAUACCAAUGUUUAGCAAGCAAUGCUGUGAGCAAUAUGACCAGCAUGGCCUACUCUCUACUAGUUAAUUAUGGUCCAUGGUCCACUAAGAUUUCUGGCCCAAUCAUAGCGGAAGUAGGUUCUAAUGUGACACUCAAUUGCUCUGCUUCCUCUCAACCUUCCAGUCAAUACAGCUGGUUCUUCCAAGGUUCUAAAGCAGGGCAGGGCUCUGUGUACCAGCCUGACAUUUCUUCACUAAACAGCAGUGGAGAAUACACAUGCCUAGCCUACAAUAACAUCACAAAAAGAAAUAGUAGUGCUACAUGGAACUUAACUGUCAUUGUGGGUAUUUCCUCAGUGGUGGUGACUCCCAGUACUCUCAUUCCUCUGGCCUCUAGGAACAUGCAACUCUUCUGUAAUGUGACUGGCUUUUUUACAAGCAUCCAGUGGCUAAAAGACAACCAGCCAUUAAAUACAACAGUGACAAGAUCUAUUUAUAUGAAUGACACUUCUGUAGAUUUUCACCCUCUGCAGAUUGCUGAUGAUGGAUUUUAUCAGUGUGUUGCCACAAACACUUUUCGGUCUCACUCUAGCCAACCAUACCGUUUAUUGGUGAAUUAUGGGCCAAUAGAUCUGACUAUAGCAGUCGACGUUAAGGCCACCAUUGUCUUAAAGUGCAGUGCAAAGUCUCAGCCACCAAGUGUUUACCACUGGCUCUUUAACAACACUGUGAUUAAAGAGGAUGCUAUGUUAGUUUUAAAUCUGAUGUCUCCUUUGGGUAACAACUAUACCUGUGUGGCCAGAAAUCCUCUGACCAAUGACACAUCAUUUUCUUCAUAUGUUAUUUCAGAACGUGAUGCAGUGGCCUCUGUUCAAAUGAGCAUGUUGUUGACUGUCAUGUGUGCUCUUGUUCAUCUUGUAUUAAUGUUUAUGAAGCCCUUCUAAGCUGCUUUUUAAGUAAUCAACAUUACUGUGCAUUUCUAUCCUUUCCAUGCAUACUUUUUCAAAGAAUCCGACUGAAGCCAGAUAUUUCAAUUAAUUCUGUUUUCCUGAAGCAUCAUAUUAUUAUGGAGAAUAUUUAACUUUAAUUUCCCACCUUCUCUAUGGAUAUACAGUGAUAUCUGGGGUGGGGGGCUUGUUUUUUAGGAGGCAUAAAUGGCAGGGGACAGAAUGAUUUAGAGCUGUUUUCCCUAAAGCUCUCAUUGGCUCCACAUUCUGUGACAACACAACAAGUCUUGGCAUAUCCAUGUGUCUGUUCUUGAAAACCCAUUCAACCAUCAAAAUGUCCUGCUUCAUUGAUCACAUUUAUUUUGUCAGGACAGGGGGUUGGUUGGAGGGGCAUGUUUGCCAGAAUGAUCAAUGCUUUCACACAAAUUCUUAUUUUCAUUUAUUGUCCUCCUUUCCUUAAACAAAUAAUAAUUAGUAAAUCUGUAAAACAAAUAAUUACAUUGUUGCCAUGUUUAAAAAAAAUC